AUGGCAAUAGCCGCCGCCAUAACGCUGCCGCUCACCACCGUUUACCGACGCUCCAUUUUCUGUUCUUCGUUCAGUUCCCUCCGAUGCUCUUCUUCGUUUGUCCUUCAGUCAGGCAUUCACCAAACGCUUACAAUUUCCGCUGUUCGAAAACCUAAUUCCGGCAUUUUUGCUUCAAUGAGCAUCGAGGCUCCUGAGAAAUUUUCUCCCGAUUCAUUUCUCGAUCGUAGAGAAAGUGGUGUUCUUCACUUUGUCAAGUAUCACGGACUCGGAAAUGAUUUCAUAUUGGUUGAUAAUCGAGAUUCAGUGGAGCCUAAAAUUACCCCAGAUCAAGCUGUGAAAUUAUGUGACAGAAACUUUGGCAUUGGAGCUGACGGAGUGAUAUUUGCAUUGCCUGGCAUCAAUGGCACGGAUUAUACGAUGAGAAUAUUUAAUUCUGAUGGUAGUGAGCCUGAGAUGUGUGGCAAUGGUGUUCGAUGUUUCGCUAGAUUCAUAGCAGAACUUGAAAAUUUACAAGGAAAGCAGAGCUUCACUGUGCAUACAGGUGCUGGUUUAAUUGUUCCUGAAAUUCAAGAAGAUGGAAAGGUUAGAGUUGAUAUGGGAGAGCCGAUUCUGAAGGCAUCUGAUGUUCCUACUAAAUUACCUGCAAAUAAAGAUCAAUCAGUUGUUAGGUCAAAAUUAGAUGUAGAUGGAAUAACCUGGAAUGUUACAUGUGUUAGCAUGGGAAAUCCACACUGCAUCACUUUUGGUACAGAAGUUAGCCAGGAUUUGCAAGUUGAUGGACUAAAUUUAGCAGAAAUUGGACCAAAAUUUGAACACCAUGUGAUGUUCCCUGCCCGAACAAACACAGAAUUUGUUCAAGUCCUCUCUCCAGAGCACCUCAAAAUGCGGGUUUGGGAGCGAGGGGCAGGUGCAACACUAGCCUGUGGAACUGGAGCUUGUGCUACAGUUGUUGCUGCUGUGCUCGAGGGUCGAGCUGGGAGGAGUUGUACUGUCGAUUUGCCUGGAGGACCAUUGGACAUUGAAUGGAGAGAAGAUGACAACCACAUUUACAUGACAGGCCCAGCAGAAGUAGUAUUUUAUGGAUCAAUUCCACUCUAA